CAUUUGUAGCAAACAGCAAACGACAUCCGUUUGUCACUUAAGAAAAAUAUUUGCACAGUGACUCACUAAAUAUAAAGUAAAAUAAAUAAAAUAUAUUUAUUGCGAUAUGUAUUAGAAUGCACAGUCAGGCGUCAAAGAGUUAAAACGAUAUCAAAGUGUAGACAGUGUUUUGCUUGCUCUUCAAUCUCCGGUGGCCUUCGUUGCUUUUCGGUUAAUCGCAUGUCAAAUUAUACGAGCAGACGCAGCAGGAAUGUAUCUAGUGACAACAGUGGAAAGUGCACAGAGGCUUCACAAAAAUUUGCAAAACUGAAAAAAAGUUCUUUGAGAUUGAAAAAUCAAACGGUCGCCUUACUCAACAGUUACAAGUGAAGAUAACGUGAAAUAAAACGAGCUCAAUCGACGCAGACCAAUUUAAAAAUUGCUGCACCUAUAGCUUGCAUUGGGUAAUUGUGGGCCACAAUCCAUCCUAUCUGGCGGUGAGAGUAUUGUCGUCUUAAUAUUUAUUCGGUCUGACGGAAGACCAGGUUUGCACACAACAGAGGAAAUAAUAAGUAAAGCAACACAAUUACUAUAAGCUUCAAAGUGGUCCAGGGUGUUGUCUCUUGCAUUCAAUUGGAAAAAAGAUUCUUAAUUUUGAGCACAUCGCCGACGUCAACCGCUGUUGUCUUUGCAGCAGCAAUAAAAUCGGCAACGACGAAAGACAUCCUUGGAUUUUAUAAUUUUCACAUUUAUUUGCUGUGACCACCCCCACAACCUUGCCUUCGGUGGUGCGCUCUCUUCACAUUGUCUACAAAUUUCUGCUGUUCCAGUAUCCCCAAUACAUCUCCUGUUAACUUACCACAUUGAAUACCGCACACAACAUAACUCGCGACAACAGAAGCUCCGCUUAAUAUUCUUGUUGUGUUGUUGUUUCUCUGUGUUUGAGUUGUGUAUGCGCCGUACUGUAAUGGUAUAUAUAUCGGUGGCAGAGCAAGCAUAACAUAAGAAGAAUAAGUGAAAAUUGUUGAAAAGAUACCUGUUGUUGGUGCGCUGAUAUAGGCGUUACCCACAUUUUUGCAAACCCUUGAAGUUUUUCCGAAAGAAAGAAGGGCAGUCUUUUGAUCUGCUAACGACAACACUCAAUUCCUUACACUACAGGGCACAGUAAGCCACCAAACAUUGCUUGAGGAUACAUUUCCCAAACGACAGCAGUAUUCGCAUAAUGGCAGAGGCAGCCAGUGCACCCACUGCAGCAGGUGGUUCAAAUCAGCAACAACCCAACAACAAUAGCACUUCAACAACAGCGGCGGCAACGCACACAGAUAAUCCCAAUGCAGAAGUUAUUCGCGGACAGAUCUUUGAAGUUGGUCCCCGUUAUCGUAAUUUAGCCUAUAUCGGUGAAGGUGCUUACGGCAUGGUCGUAUCUGCUUACGACACGCAUACAAAUACAAAAGUGGCAAUUAAAAAAAUAUCACCGUUCGAGCAUCAAACAUAUUGCCAGCGUACUCUGCGCGAAAUCAAAAUUCUAACACGUUUCAAGCACGAAAAUAUUAUCGACAUACGCGAUAUCUUGAGGGUGGACAGCAUAGAACAAAUGCGUGAUGUAUAUAUUGUACAGUGUUUAAUGGAGACUGAUCUAUACAAAUUACUUAAAACUCAGAGGCUAAGCAACGAUCACAUAUGCUACUUUUUGUAUCAAAUAUUGCGUGGUUUAAAGUACAUACACUCAGCUAAUGUAUUACAUAGGGAUUUGAAACCAAGCAAUCUACUCUUGAAUACAACUUGCGACCUGAAGAUUUGCGACUUUGGAUUGGCUCGUGUAGCUGACCCGGAGCAUGAUCAUACCGGGUUUCUAACAGAGUAUGUCGCUACGCGUUGGUACCGUGCACCCGAAAUCAUGCUCAACUCUAAGGGAUAUACCAAGUCAAUAGAUAUUUGGUCGGUAGGAUGUAUUUUAGCUGAAAUGCUUAGCAACCGACCUAUUUUUCCAGGCAAGCAUUAUCUAGAUCAAUUGAAUCAUAUAUUAGGCGUUUUGGGUUCACCCUCCAAAGAGGACCUCGAAUGUAUUAUAAACGAAAAGGCACGAAAUUACUUGGAGUCAUUACCAUUUAAACCGAAAGUGCCAUGGCCACGACUUUUCCCUAAUGCUGAUGAUUUGGCUUUGGACUUGUUGGGUAAAAUGUUAACAUUCAAUCCACAUAAUCGAAUACCAGUGGAAGAGGCAUUAGCGCAUCCUUAUCUAGAACAGUAUUACGAUCCUGGAGAUGAGCCCGUUGCAGAGGUGCCAUUCCGUAUUGGCAUGGAACUGGACGAUCUUCCAAGGGAAACACUAAAAACUCUUAUUUUUGAGGAAACUCUCAAGUUCACAGAACGACAACCAGAUAAUCAGGCCGUGUAAAGAUGACGACAUUGGGAACUGAGUUGUGGCUUGCUGUAAAAUUAUACGAUAAUAGAUAUUCAGGGGAUAGGAUGAAAGAGGACAUAUGUUAGAGAUGGAAAAGGUCAAACAGCAACAAAAUAACAACGUAACCUGCAUUUUAUUUUUUUUUUAGUUUAUAUUUGAGUGAUUAUAUUUGAUGAGACAUAAUCACACCUGAACGAGAUCAACUGGUCGUUACUAUUUGAUUCUACAUUUGAUUCCCUCACUCUUUGAAAAAUCCCCAAGAAAAAUCAUUGAAAAUAAUUUAAAUGCAAAUGGAGAAGAUUCCGCAAAGUUGAUGCCAAUUGGUGCAUGCGCCUAUUAUCUUUAAGUGCAUGCUCCAAUUAUUUUUAUGAUGUUUCAACUGAAAGUGCUUCACCAUCAUUGUGAUCUUAAACAUACAUACAUAUUUAAAAUAUUAAAAAAAGAACGUACAUACAAACAAGCAUAUAUAGAUAUACAUAUAUUAAUUGUUCUUCAUUUCCAUCGUAUUCAACACCUUCGUAUUUCUCAAAGUUACUUUUAAUUUUUACGAUUAUUGUACUGCAUCUUAUUAUUAUUAUUGUCAUUAUGAUUAUUGCUAUUAUUUUUAUUCAACACUUUUUAACUAACAGUAAGAUACAACAAAGUAUUUAGUAUUUCUUCCUCUUAUUUUAUCUCGGGUUAAUAAAAUGUUCAAUAAUUCUGUGAGUGUAGUUAAAUUAAAUAUGAAAAUAAAAAAAAAAACUUAAUAUUAUCGUCUUCAUAAACAAACAGAAAAAACACAACAAAAGAACCUUUACGAAAAACACAAAUACAAAAACAAAAUAAACAAAAAAACAAAGCGGAUAAAUUGCACAAAAUUUGUAUAUUUAGCAUUUUAACUAUUGAAACAAAAUAUAAUUAAAAAAUACUAAAAUACUUUUUUUUUGUCUGUUACUACACGUUAAGUUCAAUUUUUAUGUGCUUCAUUCAUUUUGGAUCCUUAUUUCAAUGGAUACACCAUUGUAUCUUACAACUGCCCCCAUGUAGGUAUUUUGGAACUAUAAUUAGCACCGCCACCAUGUUGGGCACUGGAAUAUUGGAGUUUUAGCAAAUCAAGGGUCGACACAAACAAUUUUUUUUUUAAUUUCAUUCAUAUUUCACCAAAACCCUAAAUUAUAAAAAAAAACAAGAAACUAUUUUGUUCAUGCACCUGGGGAGAAAAGAAAAAGGAGAUCCAAUCUGGAGAAGAUCAUGUCAUAAAGGGGCACAGACAAAACCUGUUUAGUUUUUAUAGGUUAUCCAUUAGAACACAUACACACGCAUAUACACAAAGUAAGAAAAACAAACAAUUUCUUCAAACUAAAAUAAGUCAACGUAAAAACUGAUCAUGAACAUUUCAAAUAUCUUACAAAUGUUUUAUGUCGUCUAUGUAUUUACACAUGUAUGUCUCUGUUUUUAAGAGACCACGAGUAGUAGUUGUUAAUCUUAUUUAUCAAUGGAAUCGUUCGUUCAUGUGAUUUUAAUAUUUUAGAAAUCUAAUAAAGCUGAUGUUCAUUGAAAUUCAAUUCAAUUUAAGAAUGGCGAGGGCGGGCGGACGCGUUCGAGUUGUGAACACUCGAUUGACAGAUGGAUGUGCUCCUCGUUUUAAGAGUACGAAUAAAACUUGAUCAUUGUAUUUAAUUCAAAUAAGAUAAUAUUUUUAACACAUUUAAUGAAUAAAUAAGAAAAAAUUAGAUUAUCCAUUAACUGCUUUAACUUCCACUAUGUGUUUUCUGUACCAUACCAACCUCUUCAACACUUUUUUUGUUUGUUUGUUUUUAAUAUAACUAUGUCUGUCUUUAUGGAAUUUGUUUAAAAUAUAUGGAAACGGAUAUGUCAAAUUACCAUCACAUGCAUGUUGAACUGAUAAUUACAAUAUGGAUUUCGUUUGAAUAAGACUUUAGUUUGGUUAACAAAUCAUUACAGAUUAAUAAAUCGAUCUCAAACUAA